AUGGCAAACACCAAAUUGUUACUGUUCUUAUGCUUGGUGGCAGUCUUGCUCUUCGCAACCCCCACCCAUGCCUUUGGCGCCGGAAACAUUGCUUCCAUCUCCAAGAUCGAAGGCAAGAAUUGGCGCCAUGGUGACAUUGAAGAUAUGCUCAAGACGGUCGAUUGUCUAAAGAAGCACAAAUGGACUUCGAUGAUGAUCAAGGCUGUUGAUGUGGGCACUCUGAAAGGCGUUCCUGCAAGCACUAUUCGCAUCCUGGUUUGGGUUCUGGCUUUCAUGACCUUUGGUUAUGCUACUGGUGAGUUCGAGGUCACCGAUGAGCGCCUUGGUGUCUACCGCCCCGAGGAACAUAUCGACAAUCCCAAGGACUACGCAAGUCCGUGUCCUGAUGCGAGACAAUAUGAUGAGCGUCUUCGUGGUCCUGUACAACCAGAGGAACUCGCCAUUGACCCUGAGACUGGAAUGAAGAACUACAUUGCCAACGAACGUGGUGGCUGGGCCACUUCCUCAGGCUAUGUCAAAUACAGCUUCAAGAGAGCCAUCCGUUUUGGACGCAUGUAUACUCACGGUAGUAACAAAGGCGAUGAGAAAGAUUUGUGCGAAGCACUUCGCUGUCUUGGUCAAGCUUUGCAUUGUAUGGUAGGUAUCACACUUGCUUCUACCGACUUUGGUGCUCACACCAACUAUACUGAGCUGGCUCUUCGUGAGCUUGGACAUCACAAUGUCUUUGCUCAUGUCGGUACCAAUACUGAGAUCAAUCUUCGCGGAAAGCGUGUCUUCCCUUUAGUCACUGGAACUUUUGGUGGUGUCGAUUUCAUGCAUUCUGUCCUUGGAGAGGCUACCGACCAUGUUACCCAGAGCGAAGUUGAUGAGAUGCAAAGUGCUCUGAACAACGCUUCGGCCGAAGGAAAGCGUUCUGGAUCUGGCCCAUCUGGAGAAGUGUCUGGUCUGGUUAGCUUGUUGUCAAAAGUGCCAGGCACCGGUUCUCUAUGCCAGGAAGCUGUCCGUCUGCAGGCUGAGUCGGAUCAGUAUGCCGCUCAGAAUGCUGGUGCAGGCGCUCGUGGUUUCGACGACGGUAGCUACAGUCAGGACCGAGCCUGGAAUCCAGUCGCUUCUGCGAACAACACCGCUGAUCCUCAAGCAAUCGUCGCAAAGAUCUACCCCAUUCUCGUCUUCCGCGACAAUGUUGUUCGUAGCAUCAGCAACAUUGUCUCCAAGAUUCCCGGACUUGAAAGUCUCAUUGAAAAGAUCACCGAGAAGGUCACAUUGACAGUCAUGGGUCUUCUUGCACCUUACAUCACCCCUCUGAUUGCCGCCGCCUCGAACAGUCUCAAGCAGGGCAGCAGCAGUGUUGUCGAGGCCAGUGGCAAGCAUCAAUACGAGGUUUGGACUGAUCCUUUCAGCACAGACCCUACUCAUUCUUUGCUAUCUAAAGACCACUUCAGCAAUAUCUUGAACGAGCCCGCGGGUAAAGUCGCUGCUUGUAUCCUCCAAUACGUCGCACCUCGUGUCAUCUACGCCUUCGAUCAUCCAGAUGUACCUGAGGAUGAGGUACUUAACGAUGUCCUUCGUGCCUUCCAUCACCCUGCCAUCCGCGAUCCUCACUGCGAAAUCCAGAAGAACAUGUUCGCGGUUGUUGAGAAUUGGGCUCGUUCGCGUCCAGACGGCGGUCGUGAUCUUGACAGAAUCCUCAGUUCUGAGAGUGUGAAAGCUGGACACAACCACACAGGCGGCGCGAACCCUCAUCUGCACUCUCACGGUGGCCCGGGCGAUAUGCAAAACGUCUUUGGCAUGGGUCAACCUCAGCGCGGCAUGGAUGCAUCUGAUGCAUCUCAACAGUCAAACUAUGGUCAACCUGCUUCACAAAGCGGUUGGGGUGCUCCUCCACCCGCUGAUUACAACCAGCAAUAUCAACAGCCUUACCAGCAACCUGCUCCUGCAGGCUUUGCCAACAAUGACCCCUCGGCGUACCCUAGUGCUUACCAGCAAGGCUACGAGGUUCCGUACAAUGGUGGAGCACCCUACGGAGCACCUCCUGGACCACCUCAGCAGUACGGUGCUCCGCCAUCUGGUGCCCCUCCACAUGGACAGUAUGGUGGGUAUGAUCAGCAGCAAGGAUACGGGCAAGGUCCUCCGCCUGGUUAUGGUCAGGGACACUCGUCUGGAUAUUACCAAGGUGGCGGCUACUAA